GGUUUGGAAGUUUGGGAACAGGGUGCUCACAGCAGGAAAUCUUAGGAUUAAACGAGAUCACAGGAUACGACUAGUGUACACUGACUUGAUGUUGAGUAAUCUGACUGUAGAAGAUGCUGGGCAGUACACAUGUGAGGUUGAAACAGAUAUAGAAAAUCCAUUGAUUCUCACGCAUCAACUUGACAUACUGGUGCCUCCAACGAUCGAAGAAUUGAAUGCUCCUGGAGAACUACAAGUGAUGAAGGGAUCUUCCAUCACUUUAAAGUGCCGAGCUAAAGGAUUCCCAGUGCCGAAGAUUGAAUGGAGUAGGAGUACCGGAAGUAUACCCCUGGAACUGUUCUCCUAUGACCGAAGUUUUCUCACGAUAACCAACCUUACUAGACAAGAUGGCGGUGAGUAUGCGUGUACUGCAGAAAAUGGUGUCGGGUUCCCAGACAGACAUGUUAUUAGAAUCAAUGUGAAACAUUCUCCUGAGGUCAUUCCUGUAACACAAGUUGUAUACACGGGAAUAGGAGAACCAGUGGAACUCUCAUGUACAGUGUACGCCAGUCCAACUGGAAGUAUGACAUGGUACCACAACUCAAUGGUUCUGGAUCACGAUAACAAUACCUUCUUCAGAUCUAAGGGAUCUGUGCAUACUCUGUUUAUAUCUGAAGUAAAACUGGAGACUCUAGGAAACUAUACUUGCUUAGCUAGCAAUGUUUAUGGUCGAGGAGAGACCACAAUACAGCUCACAGGUAUCCCUGAGCCCCCCAAAUACUGCCCUGAACUGAGUGGAGAGUGGAAUAAUGGAAUCUAUUUACUAGCCUGGACCUGCUCUAGUGCAACUGCCGUUAUCAAGUAUAGACUUCAGUAUAGACGAUUCCAGGGGAAGCACUCAGUCUCCCAGGAGCCUUGGUUCAAAAUAGAAAUCUCGGAAGAAUCUCAAGAUACUAGUUUGUACUCAAUGCAGUACUCCUUAGAACAUCUCUCGGCCUGGGUUACUUACGAAGCCACGAUUGAAGCAUACAACAAGUUUGGGUGGAGCUACCCUUCCCAACCCUUCAACUUUACUCCCAACUCAGGUGGAGUAUCUAAACCGGCAGUGAUUUCAACACAACCUAAAACUCAGUCAAUGACAUCAUUUGGGACCCAAGUUAGCCCCUUUGCUGUAAUCAUUCACGCCAUUCUUCUUGUAAUUUUAGUUUUAAAUCGGUAAUUUAACAUUCAAAUUGGUUUUAUCAAAUCAUAUGUUGCUCAAAUGGAAUCACUCUUACAAAUAAAAAUCAGUCUGAUUUGACUCUGAAAUGUACCAACACUUUUACAGCUAAUAUAGAAAAAAAAACCUUUUUGAGCUAAAAUUGUAAAUAUGUACAAAAAUAAAUGUUUAAAGUGUUUAAGUGCCAAAAUUAUUAAAUGGGUUAUGUCACAUGUUACGCAAUAUCUAACCUCUUUUUACCCAAUUUAAACUAACCUUUUCGUAAUUUAAACUUUAAAAUUAAACAUUUCAAGAAUUUGUUGUGUUCCAUUUCGAUCUACUUUUUUUAUUAAAUACUAGCUAAAAAACCCGGCGUUGCCCGUAAAAAAAAAAUAUGUUCAGCCCAUUCGGUCCAGCCGUUCGGCCGGCCAAAGGGAACAUAUAUAUACGAAUGUCUUGUCUAAUAAUUGCACAUUUAACAUAA